GAACAUUCCGAUGAUACAACAAACACAUCAACUGAGAAGUAUGAAACGCUGAUCACAGGUCUUAUUAAAGCACAUAAUUUUCCUGAAGCUAAGCGAUUAUUUGAUGAAGCUAGGAGUAAAGAACAUGUAUUCGAUGAUAAUAUGUAUCUUAAUAUCUUCAAAUCAGCCACACGAUUGAAUUAUAUGAAAGAUGCUGUUGCACUGAAAGAACUAUGCAUUGAGAAAGGCAUAGAGCUGGAUGACUACGCCAUGUCAGAUCUGAUAGUCUGUUAUAUCAAGAAUAAUGAUGUUCAAGAAGCUGAACAAGUUUUCAAUGAUCUGGUUGAGAAAGGCCGACCCCCGUUGAGGUUUGCUUGUAUUGCAUUGGCUCGUCAGUUUGAGUCUGAAGGUAAACCUGACAAGAUCAAAGACAUUUACGAAAAGUACAACCAAGUCGGACAAGAGAAAAUCCCGUUCAUGAGAUUUUUACUUGGUGCUUACAUCACCUGCCAGAAUCCAGACGCAGCUAUUGAAACAGUACGAGAAGAACUGAUUGAAAAGAAGACACCGCCUGGUGCUGUUGGUACAAAGGCACUGUUUAAAAAACUUAUUGUGAAUAAUUUCGAAUUAGAUAAAGAAGAAUGA